UUUAGGUAUGGAGAAUCUCUGCGUUUCACUCGUGGGUGCCACUGGGCGGCCAUGGACACAAUCCAAGCGGCAAUCCAAGCUCAAUCGCAGGGUCAUUGCCGCGGCAUCAAUGUCUCGACAAGAGAUCAAGCGAUUCGUGAGCAAGAACUUCGUGUCACUGGCUCUCAUUGGUGGGAUGAGUAUUGGAAUGCUCGAGCCCAGGCCCGGACAGUUCGCUCAACACCUCGGCCUCUCGAGAUGGGCCACCGCGGGCAUAUUCCUCCUGUCUGGAUUUACUUUGCAGGACGGGGAUAUCAACAAAGCGCUUGAGGCAUGGCCGUUUGCCUUGCAAGGACUGAUUUCUAUUCUGUUUAUUACUCCUGCUGCUGCUUUGCUCGUCAUGCAAAUCAAGCUAAACCCUAAGGAGCUUGUCACUGGCCUUGCAAUCUUUUGCUGCGCACCAACAACACUCUCGACUGGCGUGUCGCUCACUCAGCUUGCUGGAGCAAACAAGGCACUUGCACUGGCGCUCACGAUAUCGUCCAACUUGCUAGCAGUCUUCACGAUGCCAGUAUCAGUUUCUCUGUGGAUUGGAAAGCUCGGGAUCAAAUUCCCUGCCAGUAAGCUCUUCCGGAGCUUAGUCCAGACGCUGGUGCUGCCUUUCGCGAUUGGAAAGCUGCUAAGAGAAGUUUUCUGCUUCUACCAUCCCGCGGAGUCCAUUGACAGACACCGCGAGGAGAUCUCGUUUGCGAGCGCUCUCUUGCUUAGCUCGGUACCUUGGAUGCAAAUAAGUUCUUCGAGGUCUUUGCUCUUACAAUUGGAUGCUAGAAACUUGAUUGCGGCACUCUUUCUGGGAAUUGCUUUGCAUUUCAUGUUCCUGGCAGUAAACAUGUUCCUCGUAUCACUAAUAAAAACAGGCUCAAAGGAAGAUGACGAAGCAUCCUCCCGAGCAGUCAUACUUGUUGCAAGCCAGAAAACACUGCCUGUUAGCGUUGCAGUGGUGGAAACUUUGAAGGCUGGAGAAGGCAGUGGGCUGCUUGUAUUACCAUGCAUUGCAGCUCAUUUUUCACAGAUUAUAUUAGACUCCAUACUGGUGGGUUUGUGGAAUCGAGGAAAAGAAGAUUAAAGUGGGAAUAAAAAUUAAAGAAAUUAUAGAAUAGGCUUUUAUAUAAUUAGUACAUCUAAUAUAUGUAGAUGAGUCUCGGAAAAAUAAUUUGAUGAAUUUAUAAAA